UAAUAAAUACAUAUAUUUGCAAAGUUAUACAUCAUGGACUUUACAUGUGAUUCAUGACAUUUUCACAAGUUCACUUCAAUUCCAAACAAAUUUUUGCGGUUAAAAUAUUGUAAAUCUGGAUAUGACAGCGUUUGUGUAUGCGUGUUUUGUACUACUUGGCGUUGAGACGCUUGGGAACCAGGGAAGUAAGAUCUCUGUGGUAAAACGAGAUGUAGAAAAUAAAAAUGACCCAAUGUAUAUCGUCCCAAAAUAUGAACGGCGAAAAAUAGAAUUGAAUAAUAUAAAACAACAUAUCAAUAAAUAUGACACAGAUCAACUAUUAGAGCACCUAAGCAACCUGGUCCCAGACCUCCAGGCAUUCUUAACUUUGGAAUUACCUCCAAAAUACAGAAACAAGACACUCAACGCCAUAUCUACAUUAGAAUCUAUCCAGCUAUUAAAAGAGCCAUUUGCUAGAUUUAUCAAAACAUUAACGCGACAAAUGGAGAUCUUAGUCAGGAGGGAUGAGGAGGAGGGAAUCCACGAAUUAAUUAAGACACUAAAGACGUGUAUGGUUAAUCGUUUAUAUUAUGGUAUAGGUGAUCUGGGUGUGUCCAUCACCACUUCAAUGGAACUAAUGGAAGAACUAGGAAUAGUUAACAAAACAGACGCAACUGAUGAUAAUGGAGAAAGGCUUAAUAUUGCAAUUACAAAAACUUAUUAUAAUUUGAUGAGAUGGAGAAAGAGGCUAAACACUAUAAAAACACGGGUGAAUGGCAUUCACUUAACCGCACCACCGAGAUUUCUAUGCCCAAGUAGACGAGUGGCAGCCAAACAACUCAUGCCACCUAUUCCAAAAAAUGGAAGGAGACUACAAGCUGAUAUUUGUAAAUUGAUGUAUAGCUUCCAAUGUAUUCCUGGGUAUAAGCGUAUAGGGAGAUCCUUCAUAGACCUUACCAUGGAACCUACCCCCGAUGAAAUUGAUGAGCCUACACAAUGCAUACCAACUGCUCUCCGUUCAUGGCCUUUGAACAUUCGGGUAGGAGGAAGAAAUCUGGCUGAAAACAAAGAGACAAGCGUCGACGUCCGGAACGUGAACCUUGAUGAUACCCAGUUCACGGAUGGAAUAUCAGGUGAAAAGAAUGGGGCGGUGAAAUUAAACUACCUCGAAAUUCCAAAUGACGGCGACCUUUCAUUCAAGAGUUAUUUCACUUGGAUGGCAUACAUCAAUCCAACAACUAGUGGCGAUGUCAAAAUACUCAAAUAUACAGUACAGGGUAUUGACAAGCUCUGGAUUGCAAUUAAAGAUUCUAAACUAGAAGUUGGGCUUGUAGCAACUAACCGAAAAACUUUCUCACUUUUGUCGACUCGUGAGAUUCCGACAAACACGUGGACCCAUAUUGCGUUUGCUUUCAACCGUCGUGUAUUGACCCAGUUCAUCAAUGGUGAAGAAUUUACGUCCAAUUAUAUCGGAAGUGUUUCAGCAGCAUUGAGUUCAACUGACAUAUCACUUGGGGAUCAAGGAAAUUUCUUCGGGGUAACCUGUUUGAGAGUUUACGGAGCAUCACUAGACAAAGAUGGUAUAGAAAAGCCCAUGGAUCUCUGCAAGCAAGCAUCUUUACUACACCUUAGACGACAAGAUCACUCAGCGAAUGAUGUAGACGGAAAAAGUGCUCGUGAAGUACAAAUAUACCAAGCAAUUUCAUUCCAAGAUAUUGCUGAUGUUGGUGACAAAGCAGAUGGUACGAUGGGAUCAAAAAAUAAAAUUUCAAACACUUUCGUUGGACCACAAAUCACAUGGCUUGGAAAAGUUUAUACUGACGACAUAGAUGCUACUCUCCCCCUUAUAGACUUCUCAAAUGAUCUCGAAUUUGGAUUUCAUAUAUGGUUACUGGUAGGAGGUGGUCUUAUUGUGAGGGUUAAACAUUCUGCAGUGGCAGAUGAUAAUGAUGACUUUACAAUGAAUGUGAACGCGAGUCUUAUCACCGAGUCAACCUGGACUCACAUCGGAUUUACAUAUGACGGGAAUACAGGAGAGGCAUUCCUGUACAUUGAUGGGGAAGAUGUUGAAUCGACGCCAUUAUCUAAAAUGGACGUCGUGAUCGACGCUCAGCAAGGCUAUGUUGGAAAAUCUGGUCGCAGAGAUCUUUCCUUCAACGGAAAUAUUUCCUGUAGCGCAGUCUAUGAUAUUGUACUGUCUCAGACAGAAGUAGAACUGAUGAGUAAGCAGUGUCAAGAAGGUGCAGAAAAAAUUCAAUUUGAUGAGGAAUUUCUUAAUUGUGGACCACCAAUACCUCUUAAAAAUGGUUCAGUAUCAGUGGAUGGUACAUACUAUAAUGCUGUCGCUAAUUACAGUUGUGACAUCGGUUUCAUCUUAAGUGCUUUUAGUGCUUCAACUUGCCAAUGGGAUGGAACGUGGAAUGCAAAGGACACAAAAUGUGUACCUGCAGAGUGCCCUUCACUUGAGGAAGACCCAGAAUUGGAGGUAGUUUUUUCAAAUGACAAUAUACACGGGAGUGUUGCGUCAUUUAGCUGUCGCUCGCCUUGUGAUGGAAUUGUUGGCCCCAAUGAAAUUAAAUGUUUGCAAACUGUCCCAGGAGAAGGCGGAGUGUGGAAUUCCAGCAUCCCUACGUGUUCUUUGAUUUCGUGUGGAGUACCACCUGAGCCCCCGCACUCAACUGCAGUAUACGACGAGACAACGUGUGGAAAGACCAUGACAUAUGUGUGUGAUAAUUGCUACUCACUUAAAGGACCAACAUUUUCGACAUGUCAGAGUAGUGGCGAGUGGACAGACACAACAACUUGCGAAUUGAUAGAGUGCAACACCAUCCCUGUUGCGCCACUAAAUGGAUUCAUUAACAUGGACAAUAAUAAAUGUGGGACGAUUGCAACAUUUACUUGUUCAGAUUGUUAUGAUGCUAUCGGUUCUCAGACCACAACAUGUCAAAGCAAUGGACAAUGGUCGGAUGCUGAACCUGUUUGCCGAAUAAAAACAUGUCCUGGUGUUAACUCUGGCUCUUUUAAUAAUGGCCAAAUUAAUACUACAUCUAAUACGUGUGGGACUACUGCAACAUUCACAUGCGAUCCUUGCUUUGAUUUGGUCGGGGAAUCAUCUAGAACAUGUCAGAGCGACAGAGAGUGGUCAUCGCCCGCACCAGUUUGUAUAGUGAAAUCUUGCGGGAUACCAUCUGAACCCAUACACUCAUCAGUAGCAUAUGAAGAUACAACGUGUGGCGAGACUGUUUCAUACAGGUGUGACGAUUGCUACUCACUUAAAGGACCAACGUUUUCGACUUGUGAGAUAAAUGGCGAGUGGUCUGAUGCACCGAUCUGUGAAUUGAUUGCCUGUGGGGAGCCACCUGAACCUGCAAAUUCAACUGCAGUAUAUGAUGCGACAACAUGUGGGGAAACUGCGACAUAUGCGUGCGAAGAUUGCUAUUUACUUGAAGGACCAACGUUUUCGACUUGUGAGAGUAAUGGCGAAUGGACAGAAACACCAAUUUGUAAAUUGAAAGAGUGUAAAAAUGUCCCAGAGGCACCAGCUGAUGGAUUCAUAGACGUUAGUGGAAAAACAUGCGGAACGGUGGCACGUUUCUCAUGUUCCGAUUGUUUUGUUCUUGUUGGCUCUCCAACAACAACUUGUGAAAGCAGUGGACAAUGGUCACAUGAAAACCCUAUCUGUCAAGUUAAAACAUGUCCUGACAUUAGUGAUCCAUUCGAAAAUGGUGAGGUUGACACAACAUCAAAUACUUGUGGGACAACUGCUACAUAUAAGUGUGGUGACUGUUUUGAUUUGGUGGGUGAAUCAAUUAGGACAUGUUGGAACGAUGGAGAGUGGUCUGCGCCCGAGCCUGUAUGUGUUGUAAAAACAUGUGAGAACGAGAAACCUCCAAACCAUGGUUCCGUAGAUACAAAAAGUACAACGUGUGGAACUAUUGCAACCUUCAGUUGUGGAAAGUGUCAUGAUCUCAUAGGUAAUCCAACCAGAACAUGUUUGAGCGAUCGACGUUGGUCAGACGAGAAACCCGAAUGUAAAGUGAGGGAAUGCCCGAAAAUCACACCCCCGGAAGGUGGCCUGUUUGACUCAAAGCAUACAAAAUGUGGGACCGUUCUAACGGUCAUUUGUAAGGAAUGCUUCCGUCUUAUUGGUGUCAAGACAAAGACGUGCUUACCGGACAGGACAUGGUCGCUAGGUGGACACGCUUGUAGAAGAGUAGUAUGUGCAAGAAGAGACGUACCACAAAAUGCUAUAGUAAAACAAGGGGACCCAACUCAAAUAACAUGUGGAACUGAAAUAACGUUCGAAUGCCCACCUGCCUAUGACAUGAAAGGGUCUGCGGUAACAAAGUGCUUGGGACAUGGGCAAUGGAGUGCAUUAUUGCCAGAAUGCAGAGUUAGGGUAUGUCCAGCUCGAAAUAUCGUUGAUCAUUCUAAGCUGAUUGACACAAAACGAGCCGAACGGCCAUUCAGAGUGAUGAACCCCAUAAAAGACGAAGUUGAAGAUGUGAUAACGUACGAAUGCGACCAAUGCUACAGAAUGGUUGGAACACCGGUGGUCGAGUGUAAAUUAGAUGGCACUUGGUCUGCUUUUCCAAACUGCAAAAGAAUUACUUGUAAGCACAGAACGGUGCCACAAAAUGCGAUCCUAAGACGAGGUGAUCCAUCGGUUGAUAUAUUCUGCAAAAGUAAAGUGUCGUACGCAUGUCCCCCCGGUUAUGACCUACUUGGAUCUGCCACUAUGGAGUGCCUCGAGACUGGGAAAUGGGAUGAGGAUUCACCAGAAUGUAGAAUUAGGGUCUGCCCAGCGUUAACACCCAUCGACAAUGCUAAGAUAACUAAUACAAAACGAGCCGUGCGACCAUUUAGAGUGAUGUCGCCAAUCCAGGAUGAACCGGAGGAUGUUAUAACAUACAAAUGCGAUCACUGCUACGAAAUGACGGGGCGUCCGGAGGUGGAGUGUAGCUUACAGGGGACAUGGGGGGCAUUUCCAACAUGCAGCAGAAUUACUUGCCAAAGAAGACCCAUUCCAAGAAGUGCAAUUCUUAGACGGGGCGAUCCACAGAUUGAUAUUCUUUGUGGCAAUAAAGUCACCUUCGGAUGUCCACCUGGUUAUGAUCUCAUAGGAAGUCCAACAAUCGAGUGCUUAGAUACAGGUCUUUGGGACGUUGACUUACCGGAAUGUAAAAUCAGAGUCUGUCCAGAGUUACCGGAUGUUGCUAAUGCGGACGUGGUUGAUAUUGAACGAGCUUUGCGAUCAGACAGAGUGAUGAAUCCGAUUCAACACGAACCUAACGAUGUUGUAACAUUCGAGUGUGAUAGCUGCUAUACUAUAAUUGGGCAGGACACAGUCAAGUGUGGUUUGGACGGAAGGUGGUCAAGAUUUCCCAGAUGUAACAUCAAAGUUUGCCCUGCUCCUCCCAGACGCCCAGACACUGUAAUAUCGAGUGAAAAUAGAACAUGCGGGACGCUCAUAACGUACACGUGUGUCAAUCCAGAAUGUUAUAAUAGGACCGGUGAGAAUGAGAAAAUAUGCAACACGGACAAAAUAUGGGAACCGGAAGCUGGACCCGUUUGCACAAUCAAAACGUGUCCGGAUAUACGGGCCCAAACUCCAGGAAGUGUUGAAUUUUCCGACCCAAAGCGUUCUUGUGGAAGUAAUGCAAGCUUUGAAUGUAGCAGAUGCUGGGAAAUAGAAGGACCAGAAAUAUUGACUUGUAGACCAGAUAGUUCUUGGGGGACAGAAUUUCCCGUUUGUUGGGGUACUGUGUGUGCCAACCCGCCUAAACCAGAUAAUGGUACUGUACACUACCUUUACACUAACUGCAGUGACGUUGCAACGUUCAGCUGUGACGUAUGUUACCGUUUAGUUGGUCCACCCACCGCCAUCUGUGGGCUCGAUGGGGAAUGGACCGAAACACCAACAUGUGAACUAAUGGAUAAUAUAAGACGAUGUUCGCGUCCACCAAAUGUUCGAAAUGCGUUACUGACCUUGAACAGCACAGAAUGUGGCGCCAAAGCAAUAUAUGAUUGCAUUGACGAAAAUACUAUUAUGUCGGGGGAUGGCGUAGGGGUAUGCAUGCCUGAUGGAACGUGGACGUUCAACGGAACAACGUCAUCUCCGUCAUGUAUUGUUAUCUGAUGUGCACUUAAAGAUUCACAGCUCAACAGUUUGACAUGUAACUUGAAAUAAAACCUUGAAUACGAAAUUAGAAAAUCAUAU